AGAUUCGAAGUAAUAACGGACUGUCUGAUAGGUUGGCCGGUCUCCCACGAGGGGUCGCGAGCAAAAGAUUUGCAAAAGGGUUUAUUGUUUCUUUGCUUUCGGGAGCUGAAAUUGUUUCCUACCCUCAGUUCUUCAAUCUAAUUUCCAGACGAAAACAAUGGCCGGUGGUAAGGCAGGAAAAGACAGCGGGAAAGCCAAGGCGAAGGCAGUGUCGCGCUCCCAGAGGGCUGGGCUGCAGUUCCCAGUGGGUCGUAUCCACAGACACUUGAAGACUCGCACAACCAGCCAUGGUCGUGUUGGAGCCACAGCAGCUGUUUACAGUGCUGCCAUCCUCGAGUACCUCACUGCUGAAGUACUAGAGUUGGCAGGAAACGCCUCCAAAGACUUGAAAGUGAAGCGUAUAACUCCCCGUCACUUGCAGCUGGCAAUCCGUGGUGAUGAGGAGUUGGAUUCUCUUAUCAAAGCAACAAUUGCUGGUGGAGGUGUCAUCCCCCACAUCCACAAAUCCCUUAUUGGGAAGAAGGGCCAGCAGAAGACUGCAUAGACGCCACGUUGACCGGAUAUUUGGGGGCUUGGGCUUUGUUUGGACCAGGAGUUCAUGUUUUGUUCUUUUCUAUUAUUAAUAUUAUAGCAAACGAAGAGUGAUUGUUAGACUUUGUGUUGGUAUAUUUCUCCCGUAAAUAGAUAAGUACAGAAAAUCCCUUAACAGCAGUAAACCCUUUUUUUUUAUGUCAUUGUAGACUGUUUGACUGGAGAGUUCAUGAUUAUUGAAAUGGACAGUGAAUUUGUUCGAUUGGCUUGGAAAUAUGUGAUGUUUUAUACUGAAAUUGUUUAAAAAAAGUCUUUUGUAUAAAAAAAAAACUUGUUUUGUGGUUAUUUUUUUCUUAAAGUUA